UGUUCCGGGCCCGGAAUGAUGGUAAAUUCAUAUCCGUCCUAAGCCUUUUUCGACGAGUCCUUGCUUUUCAGCUCGGCACAACUUGUGGAUCCUGCUUUGACGACAUAUAGAUCUAAGGUCCCGUUAAUCGACGAAACUGCACCCGUUCCUCUGUAAUAAAACCAGGCCUGGAACCCGAGCGUUUACACCGUCAUGUCUUCCGCCUCUGAUAUCUGUCUUCGCUUUGAGUUCUCCGCCUCGUCUAACUCUGACAUGAGGACGUUUAAGGUGUAUCGGUUGCCGGACUCUGCGUCCUCAGGUAUUAUCGAGCUCUAUCGCUUCUACCAUCCAAUAACUGGCCUGGUAGCAGGACUGACUACAUUCCAUCGACAAAACCUCAUUACUCAUAUCUUUGAGACGGCGGGCCAGAUCGAAUGGCUUUCAAACUCCAACGCCACGAUCCAGUUUGGGAUAAAUCAGUAUCAUAUCCGCGAACUCAGAAAACCGAAGAAGUCUAACAGCCAAUCGCGUCGCUUCAAAGUAGGUGGUUCGGAGUACAAGUGGAAAAUUGCAGACAAUAAUAUGGAUCUUUUCUGUGUCGACUCACGGGGUAAAACAAUUGCUACUUGGUUGCAGGAAGACCUUACCCUACGCGUAGCAACCCGCGUGGAAAGCAUUCUGGACCGGGUCGUAGUGACCUGUUUUUUGAAUCUCUGGGUGCGACAUCUUGGAGACUGGUGAUGGCAGAGCGAGCGGUCCUCGGGGCAGUUACCACUUUCUGAUACGAAUAGCAUUUUUGGUAUGAACGAGCAUAUGAUCUCAUGGGCUUUUGGUCCCUCAACAAUUGAUGGUGGUCGCUGACCUUCUAACCAUACAUUUCUGCUGAACAGAGUCAUGACAUCAGCUCAAAGUUUG